CAUAAUCAAUUCUCACCUGCAAAGCUAAGCUGCGUACGUCCCAGACACUCUCUCCUCAAAGCUAAGGAAGAACACAAGAACACAAGAACAAGAACAAGAACUGUAGAUCGGAAUGUGAAGUGAGGAUUUCGUUUGGCUGAGUUAAUUCGAUCAUAACUAUUCAUCGCUGCUACUAAAGAUGCUCAGAUUUCUACUCGUCUGGCUUCUGAUUAACUGCUUCCAUGUCUCUCUUUCCUCCGCUCGCCCUCAACCAUUUGCUAUGCGCAUAAGUUGUGGAGCUCGCAAUGACGUUCACACAUCUCCAACGAAUACGCGAUGGCACAAGGACUUUGCAUAUACAGGAGGGAUACCGGCGAAUGCCACGCUUCCGAGUUACAUUUCUCCUCCGCUGAAAACCCUACGCUAUUUCCCGAUGUAUACGGGUCCGGAAAAUUGCUACAUCAUCAACAGAGUGCCGAAAGGACACUACUCUGUGAGGAUCUUCUUUGGGCUUGUUAACCAAACUAAUUUUGACCAUGACACUGAACCUCUAUUCGACGUCUCUGUUGAAGGCACACAAAUCUGUUCUCUUAAAUCAGGGUGGACUAACCUUGAUGAACAAACAUUUGCUGAAGCCCUUGUGUUUUUAAUGGAUGGCUCUGCCUCUCUCUGCUUCCAUAGCACAGGUCAUGGAGAUCCUGCUAUCCUUGCAAUUGAAAUCCUUCAAAUUGAUGAGAAAGCGUAUUAUUUCGGUCCUGAUUGGGGUCAAGGAGUGAUCCUUCGGACGGCGAGAAGAGUUAGCUGUGGUGCUGGGAAGCCCAAGUUUGAUGCAGAUUUUAAUGGGAACAACUGGGGUGGGGAUAGAUUUUGGAGUCCCAUUAAAACUUUUGGUCAGCAGUCUGAUCAUAUCAUCUCUGUUGAAACCAGCAUAAACCAGGCUUCGAUUUUGCCUAACUUUUAUCCAGAAGCUCUAUAUCGGUCUGCGCUUGUAAGCACUGAUAGUCAACCUGAUUUGACAUAUUUAAUGGAUGUGGACCCCAAUAGAAACUACUCAAUAUGGUUUCACUUUGCUGAGAUUGAUGCUUCAAUCAAAAAUGUUGGACAAAGAAUUUUUAACAUCUUGAUAAAUGGCAACGUUGAAUUCGAAGAUGUGGAUGUUUUGAAACUUAGUGGUGGUCACUAUACUGCUCUUGUGCUUAACACUACUGUUGCUGUCAAUGGGAGGACUUUGACAAUCACCUUUCAGCCUAGAGAAGGUAGUCAUGCCAUAAUCAAUGCCAUUGAGGUGUUUGAAAUUGUUUCAGCUGAAGUAAAAACAUCCCCAGAUGAAGUUAGAGCUUUGCGGAGCUUGAAGAAGGCAUUAGCACUUCCUGUUCGUUUCGGGUGGAAUGGUGAUCCAUGUGUUCCUCAACAACAUCCUUGGAGUGGAGCAGACUGCCAAUAUGAUAGAGCUGGAAACAAAUGGGUCAUCGAUGGACUGGGUCUGGACAACCAAGGUCUGAUGGGAUUCUUGCCAAAUGAAACAUCUCACCUGCGUCAUCUACAGAGCAUAAAUUUAAGUGGAAACAGCAUUCACGGGCCCAUUCCAGCCUCACUCGGAUCAAUAACCAAGUUAGAAGUUUUGGAUCUCUCCUACAAUUUCUUCAAUGGAUCAAUUCCUGAAAGUCUUGGACAGUUGACAUCACUACGAACACUGAAUCUCAAUGGGAAUUCUUUGUCCGGAAGAGUGCCUGCUGCUUUAGGUGCAAGGCUAUUGCACAGGGCUAGCUUCAAUUUUUNACCUGCAUGUGAGCCACACCUUUCUCCUGGUGCUAAAAUUGGGAUUGCAUUUGGAACUUUAAUCAUUUUCUUGCUCAUAAUUACUUUUGCGGUUUGUUGCUGGAAAAGGCGGCAGAAUAUCCUCCGAGCGCAGAAUGCUGCAAGAGAUGCUCCAUAUGCAAAAGCUAGGAUUCCUUCAUCCCGUGAUAUCCAGAUGUCAAAACACAAUCAAGGCCAUACAAGGACUCCCACUGAAAACGGACGCUUGAUUCCAUGAUUAAACAAUCAAAACUGUAUCAUUGAGCUAGCUCCUUGGUAUGGCUGCUUCAAAUUUGAUCGAAGAUCGAGUAAUGGAUCCAAGUGCUUCGACAACGGUACAGAUCGUUGCACCGUUCGUGAGAAAAGCCAAUUCUUGUACAUUGGUACCAUUCUAUACUCCUUAUUACUUGAACCAGGAGAUGGGAAGAAUUUUGCAGAACAAUAGAGAAGUGGUAGCAUACAGAAAUGAUGAAUAUAGUUAUUAAAGGUUUCUGUAGGAUUCAGUGGCGGACUACUCUCAGACCCACCACCAAAGGUUGAGGUAGAGAACCCAUUUUCUUUAUAUUCCCGUCCCUAAUUGUAACUUCAUCCCAUUUUUUUGCAUUUUACAUGCUGAAUCUAUACAAUUGCAUACCUUUCUGGCUUAUAUGAAUACAAGAAUGUGUAUCUAAAUCAUUACAUUAGAAAGGUUUCUGGUUA